CGGAAGUCCCUCCCCGCCACUUCCGGAAGCGGUUCUCCAUGGCAGCCCAAGAGGACAUACAGGCCUUGCAGGCUGAGGUUGCCUGGCGUGAGGAAGAGCUGGCGUCCCUGAAGCGGAGGCUGACGGCGGCUCUCGCAGCAGAGCCACAGCCAGAGUCCGCGCGACCGGCCCCGGUGUGUCCGCUGCCGCCCAGGGCCGCCCUGUCGCGGGACGAGAUCCUGCGCUACAGCCGGCAGCUACUGCUGCCCGAGCUGGGCAUGCGCGGACAGCUGCGCCUGGCCGCCGCCUCGGUGCUGGUGGUGGGCUGCGGCGGACUGGGUUGCCCGCUGGCGCAGUAUCUGGCGGCGGCCGGCGUGGGCCGCCUGGGCCUGGUGGAUCACGACGUGGUGGAGACGAGCAACCUGGCCCGGCAGGUGCUGCACGGCGAGGCGCUGGCGGGCUGCGCCAAGGCCUUCUCGGCCGCCGCCGCGCUGCGCCGCCUCAACUCGGCGGUGCAGUACGUGCCAUACGCGCAGGCGCUCAGUCCGGUGUCGGCGCUGGAGCUGGUCCGCGGCUACGACGUGGUGGCCGACUGCUCGGACAACGUGCCCACCCGCUACCUAGUGAACGACGCCUGCGUGCUGGCCGGCCGGCCGCUGGUGUCCGCCAGCGCGCUGCGCUUCGAGGGCCAGCUCACAGUUUACAACUGCGCUGACGGCCCGUGUUACCGGUGCGUGUUCCCAGAGCCGCCGCCGGCCGAGACAGUGACGAACUGUGCGGACGGCGGGGUGCUCGGCGUGGUCCCCGGGGUGCUGGGCUGCCUGCAGGCGCUGGAAGUGCUGAAGAUCGCCGCCGGCCUGGGCCCCUCCUACAGCGGCAGCCUGCUGCUGUUCGACGGCCUCCGAGGACACUUCCGGAGCAUCCGGCUGCGGCGACGCCGGCCUGACUGUGCAGUGUGCGGCCAGCAGCCGUCGGUGACCGGCCUGCAGGACUAUGAAGCCUUCUGCGGCUCCUCGGCCACCGAUAAGUGCCGCUCCUUGAAGCUCCUGAGCCCCGACGAGCGGGUGUCUGUGACCGACUAUAAACGGCUUCUGGAUUCUGGGUCUCCCCACUUGUUGCUGGACGUCAGGCCCCAAGUGGAGGUGGACAUCUGUCGUUUGCCUCAUGCCCUGCAUAUCCCUUUAAAUCUGCUGGAGAGGAGGAAUGGAGAAAGCCUGAAGCUCUUAGCAGAAGCCAUCCAAAAAGAGAAGCGGGAAAGGAAGGAAGGGGCCCCCGUCCCCCUGUACGUCAUUUGCAAACUGGGAAAUGACUCCCAGAGGGCCGUGAGGAUCCUGCAGUCCUUAACAGCAGCUCAAGAAUUAGACUUCUUAACCGUUCAGGAUGUUGUGGGCGGCCUCAUGGCCUGGGCCGCCAAAAUCGAUGGGACAUUUCCACAGUACUGAGGUGACUGAUAGAGUUGAGUGGAUGGCCCUGAUACCUCAAAAGAGAGAUUUAUUUGCACCUUUCCAAUUAUGUAGGGAGAGCCUGAGAUUCUAGUACCUGAGUAUAUGGACUUCUUUGUAAGGAGCCUUCUGAGUGUCAGAGAUGACUGACUUUCUGGUGGAUAAUAAUGUUUCUGAGAACUGCCUUGUGCUUUUCAGCACUUUUGUGCACUAACUUCAAUAUGUGAAAUGGAAUAUGACAGGAUUCUUUUUUUCCCAGUUGUCCCAAUCAAAAUGCUCUCUGGGUCAUCCAUUUUAUACCUGGUUCAGCUUAUUAUUUUUUUUAAAGAUAUUCUUUGGCCCAGGUGUGGUGGCACACACCUUUGAUCCCAGCAGAAGCAGGAAGAUCUCAGCGUGAGGGUCUGGUUUAGCCCAAUUCCUACAUAAUAGGGGGUUUGGGGAUCCAAGCAUAACCAAUGGUUGACCUAAGCCUGGCUCCGAAUGAUUCAGGAGCUGAUAGACUUUUGCUAACAUUCUUAGCAAGGAGGGCCUAACUUUAGGGUUUUGGAUUGGGGUGACUGGAGUUGCCCCUCCUCAUGUAAUGGGUGCCUCUGAGGUUGUAGGGAGGUGGUGGACUGUAGGCUUUUGAGGUACUGGUAGAUAAAGAUUUUGGUUUGAACCAA